AACUAACGAAGAAGGCCAGCUACCACUUCCUUCCCCAUUCCGCCAGUUAUAUAUAUCCAAUUACCAACUGCUGAAUAUUAGUAUAGCAAUCCUCCUGCAGCUCCUUAUCACUUUCUCAAUUACCGAGUUGCUUACGCAGAACUAUAAUUCACUCCCAAAACCAGAACGCGAAAAUUCGCCAACAUGGGUAGCUUGAAAUCUGAGGAGGCACUUGAGAGCAACUGCACGAACCCACUCGACCCAGACGAGUUCAGGCGCCAAGGCCACAUGAUCAUUGACUUCCUUGCUGAUUACUACAAGACCAUCGAGGACCAUCCGGUAUGUAGUCAGGUCGAACCAGGCCACCUCUCGGAUGCCCUACCUAGUUCCCCCCCAUACAUGCCCGAGCCACUUGAGACAAUUGUCGACGAUAUUCGCAAGCACAUUGUUCCCGGAUUGACUCACUGGCAGAGCCCGAACUUCUUCGGCUACUACCAGAGUAAUGCCAGCACCGCGGGCAUUUUGGGGGAGAUACUGUGCAGCGGUUUCGGCGUGGUCGGCUUCAGCUGGGUCUCGUCCCCAGCAGCCACCGAGCUCGAGAGCCUCGUGAUGGAGUGGCUCGGGGAAAUGCUGAAACUCCCAAGGCCGUUCUUGUUCUCCGGAGGCGGUGGAGGUGUCAUUCAUGGAAACACCUGCGAGGCCAUCAUUUGCACCCUAGCCGCGGCUCGAGACAAAGUGCUGCGAGAGAUUGGGGAGGAAAACAUCACCAAGUUGGUUGUUUAUUGUUCGGACCAAACGCAUUGCUCCUUCAAAAAGGCUGCGCAAGUUGUGGGCAUAAACGCACAAAAUAUUAGAGCGAUCAACACAACCAAGGUGACGGAGUUCGGGAUGUGCCCGAGCUCUUUGAAGCAGGCUAUUGCGAGGGAUAUUAAAGAGGGGCUUGUGCCGCUGUACCUUUGUGCAACCAUCGGGACAACCGCGACCUCUGCCGUCGACCCGGUCAAGGAGCUGUGCAGGGUUGCAGAGGAGCACAAUGUGUGGGUCCACGUUGAUGCUGCAUACGCCGGUGCAGCGUGCAUAUGCCCAGAGUACAGGGGUCUAAUCGAUGGGGUUGAGUUGGCGAACUCGUUUAGCUUCAAUGCCCACAAGUGGCUCCUCACUGGGCUAGACUGCUGCUGCCUCUGGGUCAAAGACUCAGCUGCCCUCAGGCAGGCCCUGUCAUCUCAGGCUGAGUGCCUCAGAAACAAGCCCGCCGAGUCGAAGAAGGUCAUCGACUACAAAGACUGGCAGAUUUCCCUUAGCAGGAGGUUCAGGGCUCUCAAGCUGUGGCUCGUCCUGCGGAGCCACGGCGUGGCCAACCUCAGGAAAUACAUCCUGAGCCAUGUGAGGCUUGCAAAGCUCUUCGAGGAGCUAGUGGGGGAGGAUGACCGCUUUGAGGUCGUGUGCAAGAGGAACUUCGCUCUAGUCUGCUUCCGAAUCUCACCAUCUGCACUCGGCAAGCAAGUACUGUCGACCGGGUACUUAUCUGGUGAUGCCUCCAUUGAUAAUGAUAAUAUUAAAGAUGGGCACACAGUCGAAGAACCAGUAACUACUACUGCUAAUAUAAACGAUGUGAAUAAGAGGUUGCUCGAAGAGAUCAAUGGGACGGGUCGGGUUUUCAUGACGCAUGCAGUGGUAGGUGGGGUGUACGCGAUAAGGUUCGCGGUAGGCGCGACCCUCGUCCAGGAGAGGCACGUGCGCUUCGCUUGGAAGCUCGUACAAGGCCAUGCAGAUGCUAUAUUAAGGGAUCGUCCUUGAUUAUGAAUUCUAAUAAAAAUUGCAAUUUUUCCAAUUUCUUGGAAAACUUGCAGUUGCAUGCAUGCAUGAAUAUUUGACAGUACGUAUAAAUAAGGCUGUCUCGCUUGUUAAUAAAUUAUUAUAUAUAUAUAUAUAUAUAUAUAUAUAUAUAUUCCCAAUUUAGAAUUCUGAUUUGCUAGCCGAGCUGGCUUAUCUGGGAAAGGUCCUUGCACUUUUACUUGAGUAUUUUCCGCGCCAAGUCGCGAAUCUAAAAAUCUUUCUAUUAAUUUAUUUUGCUUUACCGUGAUAAUUUGUGUAAUAAUCAAUAAAUAGAGUAUAAUUGAAAUUAAUGAUAAAACUAUUUAUAUGUAA